CCUGGGGUGGAUGGUCACGUGCUGCAUUUAAUGGCUGGAAACAGAUAUAUUCAUUAAUGAUUCCUGGUACCUUAAUGGUCUGUUCAGAGCUGUGGGCAGCUGAAUUUGUAUCUCUUCUUACUGGAUAUCUUGGUGAACUUCCACUUGCAUCCCAGGGUAUAUUAGCUGUUUUAGUAUGUCUUUUAUAUCAAUUACCAUUUGGACUUUCUAUGUCAGCAUCAAAUCGUAUUGGAAAUUUAUUGGGUGCUGGUUUAUUAGAAAGGGCUAAAAUGGCUUCAAAACUUUCUAUGCAAGUCGCAUUUAUUCUUGCUUUAUUUGAAGCAACCAUAUUGAUGAUUUUCAAGGAUUCUUUGGGAUAUGUAUUCAUCCUUAAUGAUGAUGUAGUCAAAUAUACUUCUUAC